GCGAUAGGUAUAUGUACUAUUUUUGAUCUAGUCUCCAGUGCCUUAUGACCCAGUCAGACAUGAUCACGGCUUCCUACGCUCUUCCACACCAUCCCGAUUGUCGGUUCUAGCAGACCUUCCCUCAGCCUUUGAAGUCUGAGUGUCGAACCUCUUCGUUUCCUAUACCUUCUCCGGCCUUCUCCGAUCGCAAGAUCUUGAAUACAUCCGAGCAGUCUGAGUAUGCAUACGUCCAUGUCAGCGUCCCAGUGGGGUUCCCCCAUCGCUUCCAAAGCGAGCCCUUCUCAUUCAUGGGAUGACCUAUGUCCUCGCAUUCAUGGGAAGGCCUCGCUCAGAUAUUGGCAGCAGAAGGGUUUUUCGUCGUAGCACCGAAUCUCCUUGGACACGCAUGGAGACGGAGUACCGAAUAUCGUAUAUCCACCCUUGCAGAGGACCUGCGACCGUAUUUCGUCAUGGGCACGUCCUACGACGUAAUUAUAAGUCAUUCUCUUGCGGGCCCAGUGGCCUUGUCACUCUUGCCAUUCUCACCCAAAACGAAAGAACCCACUGUCAUACUCCUCGAUCCCUCCCUCGAGCUUACAGAGGAGAUGGUCAAAGGUUUCUAA